CAAUAUUAGGAGCCUCACUUCACUUGACACUGAUCACAGAGAAAGAGAAAGAGAAAGGAGAGUCUCUAAAGAGUAGGAAGAGCUCAACAAUGGCUACCCUCAUAGCUCCUGACCACCCUUCUCCUGUUGAAGAUGCAGAGGCUCUCAGGAAGGCUUGUGAAGGAUGGGGAACAAAUGAGAAAUCUAUAAUCUCAAUACUUGGUCACAGAAAUGCAGUUCAAAGGAAACAAAUCAGGCAAGCUUAUGAAGAGAUCUACCAUGAGGAUCUUAUCAAGAGACUUGAGUCUGAGCUAUCUGGGAAUUUUGAGAAAGCAGUAUAUCGCUGGAUGCUAGACCCACCCAACAGAGAUGCAGUGUUAGCUAAUGUGGCAUUAAAGGAUGUGAACAAGGAUUACCGGGUGAUUAUUGAAAUCGCGUGUAUUUACUCCCCUGAUGAGCUCUUGGCAGUGAAGCAGGCCUACCAUUCUCGAUACAAGCAUUCCCUAGAAGAAGACAUAGCCUCUCAUACCAAAGGCGAUUUCCGAAAGCUUUUGGUUGCAUUAGUGGGCACUUAUAGGUAUGAUGGUGAUGAGAUAAAUGCAAGUUUAGCAAGGUCAGAGGCCAAUAUCCUUCAUGAAGCAAUUCGCGGAACUGCCUUUAACCAAGAAGAGAUAAUUAGAAUCUUGGGCACAAGGAGUAAAGCACAGCUCAAUGCAACUUUCAACCACUACAGGGAUGAACAUGGCAUUUCCAUCACCAAGAACCUGUCAGGGGAUUCCAAAGAUGAAUUUUUAGGUGCUUUGCACACUACCAUCAGGUGCAUCUAUGCCCCUCAAAAGUACUUGGCAAAGGUGUUACGCAAUGCAAUUAGUAAAGCGGGGGCUGAUGAAGAUGAUAUUACGCGUGUGAUUGUUACACGUGCAGAGAAGGAUUUGAAGGAUAUCAAGGAGCUUUAUCACAAAAGAAACAGUGUGCCUCUUGAGCAUGCCAUAGGAAAGGCAACCUCAGGAGACUACAAGGCUUUCCUGAUCUCUUUGGUAGGGACUGAGGGGCAUUAGUUAAAUAUGUUCUUCAAAUUUGAAGUCAUUAGGUUUGAGGUUGGUGUGUGGAGUGUAGGCUUUAGUUUAUUGUUGAUUAGGGACAAGAAGUUUUUAAUGAACUGGGGUGUGUGAAUCAUAUUUGCUGGUCUAUUCCUGCAGUUUGUGUAGUGUUCAGGGCUCAGACUCUUUCUAUAUAUGCACUCUUGAUUUCUAA